AUGGGUCAAGCAAACUCCAGAACCCGGCCACCAACUUCACCGCCUCCCAGGCAAGACACCGCUCAGCCUAGCUCCAACUCUAGUACCAGCAGUACCACCCCGGCAUCAUCUCAAAGACUAGCAUCAGAAGGGAGAAAACGUUCUCGUCGUUCGUCAUUGCGCCACAGCCUCCUGAGUUUGAUCCCCCAUUCACAACACUCUGCAUCCUACCGCAAUGAUUCGACAUCUGACCCGAAUGGCAGCUUAGAACAGACUCCGAAGAAACGGUGGCGAUAUUCCCGUCGAUGGUCAAAGGCACCGUCCUCUCUGCCCUCUCAGAUGCCGGACAUGGAAUCAGCCAGUGCGUCCUCAACUGCAGCAAGGAGUACGACGGGGUCGAGCGCAGCUGUCGAUAUAGCCGACACGGGUGGUACGCAGUCCGAUACCCCGGACAUUAUUCCGCCUCCAGGGUUUCAGAUUGAAGCAAGUGCAUUAGAGGACGAGGUUAUGGCCGAAGAUGGGUCUGGUCCAUCUGAGCGUUUGAGCAAAACCCCAGAUGUAGACUCUGAUGCCACCGCUGACACCGCCAUCACAACUGAAGCCGAAGAUGCUGAGCCUGCAACCGACGAUGCCGAUGAUUCCACACAACAGAUAAACCCACAGGCUGAACCGCUUCGCGUGGUCGAACCGGAGUCAGCUCCGCAUCCAGCUCGCCCUAACCCAUUCCCGCCUCCAGGAACAAUGGUCGUUGUGCAAGGUGUCGUUAACACGUCUGAUACGCCUCCGCCUGUACCUGCUCCAUCCACAACACGGUCGACUACAUCUGGGUCGGCAUUGAGCACGCAGUUUGGAGCGCCUCCCUGGCGUUCGGCCUCGGCAUCCGCGCCGGGUCCGUUGUCGCGCGAUGGGGACCGCUUGGGUGCUCGAAGUCGGCUUACGUCGCUGAUGAAUCGCUCUCGCCCAUCGUCAGACGUUCGUGCAUCUACCGAGACCUCUAGCCGGCAUUCCAGGAUGUCGUCGGAUGUGUCAUCCAGUACCGAUGAUGAUACAACUUUUGGUGAGGAAGGCUCAGUGGAGAAUGAAGAGUCAUCUAGGCCUGAAGACGAUGAGCGUUCCCGGCCUCUUUCGCCCGGGAGCAUUGACAUUUUGGGAACGCUCCUCAGUGUCGCGGCUGCAGCUACUGCGGCUUCACUUCUCGCACCUCGAUUUGUUACACCUGGCUCAGAGUCUGGCGAAACAAACGCCACUGAUUCUAAUCGCCCAAUGUCGCCCACUCCCACUGCUGGUCUAGGUAACUUCGCCAAUCUGGGUGCCCUAACAGGUAUGGGAUUGGAUUCCAUGGGAUUUGGCUCUGGUCAGCCACAAGGGCAGACUGGCCCCCGAGAUGGACGGGAUCGUGUCCGAAACGCCUUAGCCGGCGUACGCGAUCGUCUUGGAUUCCAUGCGCGCAACUCCCCGUUGACGGGUUUGAAUAAUUCCCAGCAGGGGGAGAAUCCCAAUGAGCCUCAAAUACGGCCUGGCGAAUUCAUGUUGGCUGAGAUGACACGCGCCUUAAACGUUGGGCUGGGAUUGCACACCGACAGGAUCGCUUCUGCCACCGGAGUGACUGAACAGACAAUUCAUACUGGUAACGAUGUGCCUCCUAAUCCACCUCUCGAUCCGACAGUCCGGCGUCCACAAGCCGAUGGGGCGGGUCCAUCAGAAGGGAGCUUUGAGAGGUUUUUGUUGAAUUUGCAAGCAGACCUCAGGAUCGCCUUAUCGGAGGGCGGUACGACUUCAAACAGUGAACAGAACAGCGCACCUUCCUCGGCAUCAGUUGAUCAGGAUCCUUCCGGACCAACUGCAGAGCCUUUAGCCAGUGAAGGAGUGACAACCGCUCGAGAAGUCGUUCCCGCGGUUAUGCAAGCCGAACACGACGAAUUUGACAUUUACAAUCUCCCCCCUCUUCCAGAUACCUCUGAUUCUGAGCUCGAACUUGACGAGGAUGAAGAUUUGCACGAAGGCGAUACUACUAGCGAUGAGCCCCCUUCGCCACGUAUUCCGACGCCAAUGCCCGGUGCAUUCCCAUUUGGUCAAGACGCCGGACUAAUGCAUGCCGGGGAACGAAGACCACCAGGCGUUAAUCUUUGGAGGGUGUUUCGAUUUCACCCUAUUCCAGCAUCACAGACGCAGGAGCAUGCGGCUAGCACGAGCACCGAGACUCGUGGUGAGCCCCCCACAGACACUGCUCCUGCUGAUGAAUCUGACAGCCCUACCACCCCCACAUCGACCCCACCAUCUCCCUUGCUCGAAACCUCACAAGAAGUUCCAUCGGACGAGUCUGAGUCUAUACCGACACCUCCCACUACGACCCGUUCUCCUGCACCGAACGUCAUUGUGCCAGUCAUUGUAGUUGGUCUACAGUCGGUUGACAUGGCGCACACGCGGAAUCCGCCUCACGAUGUUCCGAAUUUUGCGCCUCCAGAAGACGAACCACAUCCACUAGAUAAUAAUUUUAUGUCGAGUACUGGCGAGACGGUGACGGACAGCGGCACCGCACCUCAACCUCGUGGGCGAACAUGGCAAUCGCGUGCAGCGAAUGCAUUCAGGACGCUGCGUCCUGGGCGACGUGCAAGUCCGCGCAACACACAGGCUGCUGAUGCCGUCGGAGCGAGAACGUUCCUGAUUUAUGUCAUUGGAGGAUACUACCCGCCAGAUCACCAUAUGGUAACCGGCUCUGGAAGUCUUGACUCUUAUGAAGCUUUGUGGGAGCUUGCGGAACUGCUUGGGCAGGUUAAACCUCCCGUGGCCACUCAGGAGGAUAUCGACAAUUCUGGGCUGCAGAUCAUCAAAUCUACAGAAAUUGCGCAUUAUGAGAUGGAGGGUAGACUUGCGUCUAACUGCGUCGAUCGGUGUCUCAUAUGCCUGGACGAGUAUGGAGCCGAAGAUGAGGUGCGGUUGAUGUCCUGUAGGCAUGGCUUCCACAAGGAUUGCGUGGACAAGUGGUUACAGGUUGGACGGAACAACUGUCCUGCAUGCCGUACGAAGGGUGUAUCUAUCGCAAGUGAUUCUAGUUCUUGA